AUGAAGUUUCAGUCGACUGCGCUUGGUGUCACAAUCAGCUUUUGUUUUUACACGAUUGCGGCUACAGAUGAACCGGGAAACUAUGUAUGCGGGAAAGAUUACCUAGUAUCUCAUUUAAUAUCAAAAUAUGUGAAGAGCUCUUGCAUCUCAUUAAAAUACGCAGAUAUUACAAACAUAUAUCCGGUUACGUUCGACGGUUCUUCCCAUUUUGGCAUAUCGGACGCAACCCUUUUUGCCACGCCGACACGGAUAGGUAAUGUGAAAAAACAUGUGAAAGGGUGCAUUGGUAAAAAUCGGGUCGUUAUAGACUCCAUGUGCAAUCUUAUUGGACUUGUCUAUGUAACCAACCAAUCUUACAAACGCUGCGUUAAGAUCUUGGAUUCCACUGAUGAAUCAUGGAUCGCCUCUCAGACUAUUUCGAGUCCUGUACCAAAAACGUAUGGGUACGAUUGUAAUUUCACUAUAUUUAUUCUCGAAGAGACUCUACAGUUUUAUCGGAAGCUGAAACAAAAAAUCUCAACACUCGAAAAAUGGGAAGUUAGGAAACAUAUUCUCACAAUAUAUUCAACUGAGUUUGGGGAAAGAACAGUAACUAUAUGGCCAAUUCUGAUUAAUGGAAUGUGUAAAGAAGGCACAUAUAAACUUCAAACCCCAUACCGAAUUGCGGUAGACAAAAAUUUAAUCUUUCUGGGAAUGAUGUAUCGCCUAGGUUCACAUUGGAAGAGAUGUGAACAAAUUGAAUAUGAUGAUUCAGAACCUUCAAGAUCAUUGGAUCCCACGAAAAACUCGAUUGGAGAGAGGAUAUUUGAAAACGUAAGUGCAUACAAAUGCGACGAUGUGUAUUUCUCGGCUAUCACGGUAAAUAGUCACAUGCAAGCAGCGUGUACAUCAAUAUCCGAAGAUACUAGACUUCAAGAAGGUUACAAUCGAAUGUGGCCAAUUCGAAAAGAAGAGUUUCCUACCACUUCAAGAGGUACAAAAGACUGGAAUUACUACAUCAAAUUUGAUCUUGACUGUAAUUUUUUGGGUGUGCAUGUCCGUUUGAAUAACAGGUACCGGGAGUGUCCAAAAGACACGUCAUCCUUGCACCCCGCUAAACAAAGACCAACCUUAACUUGUUUAAACUUAUUUCCUCAUUAG